AUGCCCUCAGAUAUCCCUAAGCCCAGCUCACUCUACUACUACACCCUUCGUUUCUUAGACCACACCAAUUUCACCGUCACAGCACUCUCGGCCUGCGUAGUUCUGUAUACGCGCUCUGCAGGCGUAGCUUACUUCUGUGCUGGCGCCCUCGCGUGCUCGCUGACCGUGAAGGUUCUUAAACGAGUUUUACGCCAGCCUAGGCCGAUGCAUCCUACACAAAAGAAGAAAACUUACGGAAUGCCCUCGACGCACUCUGCAACAAUCACUUUCUACGGCACUUACAUCCCCCUCGCAUGCCUCUUUCUCCCCGUACACACAUCCUUACCCGUCCACCAACUCACCCACAUCCUUCCGCCACUCAUUGUCAUCCCAUGGGCCAGUCUCAUAGCAGUAUCCAGGGUUUGGCUCGGACAUCAUACGUGGCCGCAGGUUAUGGUCGGCUGUGCAUAUGGCUUUGGGUUUGCAUGGGCAUGGUUGGGUCUUUGGAUGCUAUGUGGGGGGAAGGAACAGGGAGCACUUGUGGAGGGAUGGGUGGAAGGUGUAUUGGCGGGUGUCAGGCGUUGAACGUUUCGGGGAUGGACCAUUCUGAGGGAUUCCCAUGCUCAGCACUGCCAGAGCAGUCGAUAUUGCCAAUUUCACUUUCCGCUGGAGUGGGCCUCAGACCCACGUUUUGGUCCAGAAAACACCUUGCCGAUGAGGAGCCCAUAUUAAACGCGUUCGACAAUGCAAUAGUUUGGGAUUCUGUCAAAUAAUCUACGCCCACGCAGAAGUAUAUUACACUUUCCAGUUCUCCUCAGCGCAUCUCACUUCGCACCCUCGAUUUUUCCUAUUUAUUUCAGUGUUGCCUCCCCCAGAGACCCUCCAUCUGCACUUAUCCCGACUGCGAACUGCCCCAGGCCUUGGAAGAACGCUUGAAGGUCGCUUUUCCAGGAUAGAUCAACCGUACACUUCCGCAACCCGAUGUGGCAGCCAGGAAUGAUAAAUGAUCAUCAGGGUCCACGUACAGAUCGGACAGGCCGAACUCCUUGUGGCCCACAAUAGCUCUAAGCCCACAUACUUCUCUGUGUUCAUUCCAGUCUCUAUAGAUCCAGUCAAGGACAAGCCAUGCAGCAAUACCUCACUGCCGAACAAGCCGUACACCACAUCUCACCCUUCUUAUUGCACUCCCUCCGGCCGCACAACCCUUCCGCGAAUCGCUGGCCCGAGAACAUCAAGAUGAUCAACCACAUUCGGUGCAUAAUGUGAGAGUCCGUGGCUUGAUUGGUGCAGACCCCGAGCAUGAUAGGUUCGCCGUGUGAGUGGUGGCAAUAAUUCAUUUGGUUGAGAUGCCAGUCUACGAGCGAGCGGAGAAGACGAGGGCGAGGAAGGAAGUGCGUGAGUAGUGGGAGAGCCCAAACUCUGUUUUGGUAGACGGCUAGGCUCAGGGCUGCGAAGAUGAAGUCGAGGGUCGCUAGAUAAUGUGGAUUUAUAUGAGUGUAUACUCACGUGAAAGUAACACUCGUGGUGUUAUCGAAACCAUCGUAACGGCUUACCCAUCAUUUCUGGAGGCAUCCGUGUGUUUUCGAUAGACACCAGAGCACCCACCGCCACCUCCAGCACCUGAAACAACCCGUUCUCGAUCCACCCUUGCACGAGCAUCGAAGCCUCUCCAUUGUCCCCAUCAAUAUCGACAAUAGAGGUAACACUUGCGAAAGUCGUCAUGAACGCCGUCAGGAGCUUGUUGUUCUUGUCCCAGUACGGUAGCCCUUGCGUUUUCCACGCCACUUCGAAAAAAUCGCGAAAUCUCUCAUACCAGAAUCGGACCUUUAGAUGGACUAUGUUUGCCAGGUCCCGAAAGUCCUUCCUCUGCAUCUUGAAGGGUAUAUUGGUUGGGUUCCCGACGAGGCAUGAGAUGUACGUGAAGAUCACGCAGCCCUCCGUUGGAGACAAGUCGAGGUCGAACAGCUGGUUGAUUAGCCUUUCCAUGCCUGGGUUACUCGUCAGACUGUCGAACCCUUCGAACAGUUGCUUAAGAAUGUCCAUGGCAUCCUCGUCGCGGCCGAUGUAGUAGAGAUCGUCGAGAGGGUUGCGAGUAGAGCGCACGGAUCCGGAGCUGGCACCUGCGUUGACGUUCAUGGCCCGCAAACUUUCCAGAUAGGUGUACAGGGCUUGAAUAUGUAUGAACUGUUCCACGUUGACUUGAGCGAAG